AUGGGAGAAAGACUUGUAUACAAAGCACAGUGUUAUGAUGAUUUUCCCUAUUGUUUCGACCCUCUUGCUGCAUUGGCAACUGAUGAAACAUUUGCACAAUGCCUCAUUACUCAUUCUUUACCUUCUCAACCAAUCUCCUCCUCAAUCUACACUCCCAACAAUGCUUCGUUUUCUUCUGUUUUACAGACUUACAUUCGAAAUCUUCGAUUUAACGAGUCCACUACUCCCAAGCCAAUUCUCAUUCUCACCGCGUUGCAUGUCUCUCAUAUUCAAGCUGCAAUCAUUUGCGGCCAACAACACGACUUCGUGAUGAAAACGAGAAGCGGAGGUCAUGAUUAUGACGGUUUAUCGUACGUUUAUGAUGAACCCUUCUUUAUUCUUGACUUGUUUAAUCUUCGAUCAAUCCAAGUAGAUAUCGACGAGGAAACUGCAUGGGUUCAAGCGGGAGCAACUCUUGGUGAAGUUUACUAUAGAAUUUAUGAAAAAAGUAAAAUUCAUGGCUUUCCUGCUGGAGUGUGCCCUACUGUUGGUGUCGGUGGCCAUUUCUCCGGUGCAGGAUACGGAAACAUGAUGAGAAAAUACGGACUUACCGUCGAUAAUAUUAUUGAUGCAGAGAUCAUUGAUGUUCAUGGUCGAGUUUUAAACCGAACCACCAUGGGUGAAGACUUGUUUUGGGCUAUUACCGGAGGUGGCGGUGUUAGUUUCGGAGUUGUUCUUUCUUAUAAGAUUAUCUUAGUUCGUGUGCCCUCCACUGUCACUGUUUUUCGGGUGGCGAGGACUUCAGAACAAAACCUCGUCGAUUUGGUAUAUAAAUGGCAAGAAAUAGCUGAUAAGUUGGAUGAAGACAUCUUUAUAAGAAUGACUCUUGAUGUCAUCAAUAGCACUCAAACUGCAGAGAAAAUAAACAGGGCAACUUUUAAUACCCUAUUUCUGGGAGAUGCUAAUAGGCUCAUGAAACUCAUGAAUGAGAGCUUUCCUGAAUUAGGGUUACAAAGGUCAGAUUGUAAGGAAAUGAGCUGGGUUGAUUCGGUCCUUUGGUACGCAGGUUUUCCUGUGAGAACACCCCCUACCGCUCUUCUUAGCCGCGUACCUCAAUGGCUUACCCAUCUCACAAGAAAAUCAGAUUAUGUGAAAAAACCGAUUCCCAAAAGUGGCCUGGAGUUCAUAUUCAAGAAAAUGAUCGAGCUCGUGUCUCCGACUCUAGCGUUCAAUCCAUAUGGAGGCAAGAUGGCUAAAAUUGAGGCAUCUGCAAGGCCAUUUCCACACCGAGCCGGAAACUUAGCAAAAAUUCAAUACGCAACAAACUGGGCCGAGGAUGGAGUUGAAGCUGCGGAUCGCUAUCUAAAUUUGACGAGACAGCUCUUUCAUUACAUGACCCCGUUCGUGUCCAAGAAUCCAAGACAAGCGUUUCUCAACUACAGAGAUCUUGAUAUAGGUGUGAAUCGUAAUGGGAAGAAUAGUUACAUUGAAGGAGGUGUUUAUGGGGUAAAGUAUUUCAAGGGAAAUUACGAAAGGUUGGUUAAAGUGAAGACAUCGGUUGAUCCUCAGAAUUUCUUCAGGAACGAACAAAGCAUCCCGGUUUAUCCAUAUAUAAGGCAACAAAAUAAAACCUCUGUUUCGGUCUGGGAUAGGAUCAUGGGUGUGGACAGUAUGCUAGGUAGAAGCUCGGAGUUAUGCUAUAAUUUGAAAGUAUAGGCGCUCUGUAAUUUGUAAGCUUAAUGUGCUACUCGAACUUGAUGUAAUAAAUACAGUAGCUUUCUGCAAUUCAAGUCAAACGACAAAACCAAUGUUGAUGAGGUAAAUGUCAAGCAUGGCACAACUGUUUGAAAGUAAAAAAAAUAAUCAAAAUACGUAUUUGAUAUAUUCUUUUACGCUAAAUGCGUCUUAUGUUACACGGUGAUUGUCCCGG